AUUAGUGUCAGUUAUGUCUAAAGCUAUAUUCACUGAACUGUUGUCUGUGUCCUACCCUUCCCUACCAUUCUUCCAGUUCAUACCCGAAGGAGUGAAUGUGGGAACCGUUGUAUACAUUGAAGGGUUUGCGCCGCAAAACUGCACAAAAUUGACGAUUGAUUUGAUUGACGGCCCGAACAUAGACGAGAAAACGUGGAAACACUCGGAUAUACCGUUCGGUAUGUGUAUUAUGUUUGAGGAUAAGCUGUUUAUUGGCAAUACUCGACGCGAUGGGGAAUGGGGUCGUCCACAGAAAGACCUCUUCACUGCCAUCAGAAGAGGCGAUAACUUUGAUAUGAAGAUCAUUGUGGAGGAGAAGUAUUAUAAAGUGAUCACAAAUGGCAAGAGUAUUGUGUUUCAGCACCGGAUGUGUUCAGAUCGGGCCAAACAGUUGAGGAUUGAGGGGAAUGUUGUGGUGAAGAGGAUUGAGUUCAGACACGGAAAGCAUUAU